AUGAGGCAGAGAGACUUGCUGGAAUUUAGAACACCCCAACACCCAUCAUCAUUGGGGUUGGCCGCAAACAACUGGGGUGGUGCUUCUCCCUUGUUAGCAAGAAACAUACCAAAAGAGUCACUUGAACAGAAGUAUCUGAGGCUCAACACAAUUCGAACACGCGACGAGAUCUUCCCAGCUGAUGAUGAGUUCAACAACCUGCCUAAGUCUCCUGCAUCUAAACAACAAUGUCCUCCAACGCCGAGCGGGAGCAGAAAACAAUUUAUCUUGAAGCUUUUGUUCACACCAAAGAGGAAGACUGCUGCUGCUACUACUACUACUACACUGGGUUCAAAUUCAAAGAAGUCAUGGUUCCCAAGAUUGGAUCCUCAAAAAAGGUGGCCUCAAGGUUGGUGA